AUAACAAUUGAUUUAAAAUUUUUUAAAUAAUGAAACUUAAACUAAGUUUGAUUGACUUAUUUAGUAACAACUCGAAAAGUUAAAGUUAUCAGAUAAUGUUUCGCUAAAUUGAAUGAACAGAAAUAUAAUCUUUUAGUGAUAUUCUGUUCCACAUUUCAUACCAGCCGGUGGCGGUAUGAAAUGUUAUUUCGUUGGUUGCCAACCGCCACUAACCAUCAGAGAAGAAGAAGAAGAAGUCAGCAUCGCAGCAAAGCCAUUACUGAAUACUGAUAUCUGUUUUCACAGGAUGGAGAACAACAGGGAUGAAGACUCUUCUACUGUCAAUGUCAACAAUGCCAAACAUCCUCCUAAAUCUGAAGAAGUGGCAUCAUCAACAGUCCGCCUCUCUUCUCUGAUGUUGAUGUGUUUGGGGUUGCUUUGUGCCGUACUGACUGCAAACAUCGUCUACAUGAGUUUCACGACGACCAGUCAGCAGGAAAAUAUCACAAGCCUUGCAACAGAAAAAAACCAACUGAUUCAGGAACGAAAAAUGAUGGAGAAAAAGAUUGAGGAGGUGAACCGAGACAAACAGUCGAUCCAAGUAAAAGCGAGGCUUGCCAGAGAGAGGCUUACUCAACACAGAGAGAAGCUGAGCAAUAUGAUAGAGGAGCUUAACAAAGAGAGAGACGAGCUGAGCAAAGAGAAAGAGGAGGUGAUCAAACAGAAAGAGGAGGUGAGCCGAGACAAAAACAAGCUGAAGGAUAAGGCAGAGAAGUUGAACUUAGAGAGAGAGGAUGUGAACCAAAAGAAAGAGGAACUGAGCAAAGCAAAAGAGGAGCUGAGCAAAAAGAAAGAAGAGCUGAGCAAAGAGAAAGAUAAGCUGAUAAAAGAUAGAAAGGAGCUGAAUAAAGAGAAAGAGGAGCUGAGAAAAAAUGCAAAAGAGCCAGGCAAAGGAAAUGAGGAUUUCAGAAAAGAGCUAGAGAAACUGAACAAAGAGAAAAAGGAGCUGUGGAAAGAGAAAGAACAGCUGAAUAAAAACAAAGCAGAGCUGAGCAAAGAGAAAGAAAAACUAAGCAAAGACAAGAAAGAGCUGAGCAAAGAGAAAGACAAACUUAACAAAGAGAAAGAUGAUUUAACCAAAGACAAAAAUAAGGUGAGCAAAGAUGAAAAGGAACUUUUCAAAGAGGAAGGCGACCUAAAGAAUUUAACAGUGGAGCUGAGCAAAGAGGAACCUGAGCUGAACAAAAAGACAGAGGAGUUGAACAAAGAGAAGGAUGAGCUGAACAAAAAGAAAGAACAGCUAAGCAAAAACACAACAGAGCUGAACAAAAAAAGAGAGGAGCUGGACAAAAGGAAAGAUCAGCUGAAAAAAAUGAAAGCAGGACUGAGCCAAGAGAAAACGGGGCUGACAAAGGAAAUGAACAAAGAGAAUGAGGAGCUGAAGAAAAUCAAAGAUGAUCUGAGCAAAAAGAGAGCAGAGCUGAGCAAAACAACAGAUGAGGUGAGCAAGGAGAAAGAAGGGCUGAACAAAGAGAAAGACGAGUUGAGCAAAAACAAAAGGGAGCUGGACAAAGAGAAAGACAAACUGGACAAACAGAAAUAUGAACUGAACAAGUACAAAGACAACCUGAGCAAAGAAAAAAAGGAGCUGAGCAAAGAAAAUGAUGAACUGAGCAAAUACAAAGAUAAGCUGAGCAAAAAAAAAAUGGAGCUGAACAAAGGAAAUGAUGAACUGAGAAAUAAGAGAAAGGAGCUGGACAAGGAGAAAGAGGAACUGGACAAAAAUAAAGGCGACCAGAGCAAAACGAAAGCCGAGCUGAGCAGGAAGACAGAGGAGUUUAACAAAGAGGAAAAGGAUCUGAAUAAAAAGAAACUGGAGAUGAACAAAGAGAAAGAAGAUCUGAACAAAAAGAAAGUGGAUCUGAGCAAAGAGAAAGCAAAGCUGGACAAAGAGAAACAGGAACUGAACAAAAAGAAAGCAGAUCUGAGCAAAGAGACAGCGGGGCUGAACAAAGAGAAACAGGAGUUUAGUAAAAAUAAAGUGGAUCUGAACAAAGUGAAAACGGAUCUCAACAAAAAGAAAGAGGAGCUAAGCAAAGAGACAGUGAAUCUGAGCAAAAUGACAGAGCAGCUGAACAAAGAGACAAAGGAGCUGAACGAAAAGAAAGCGGACCUGAAUAAAAUAAAACUGGAUCUGAUCAAAAUGAAACAGGAGCUGAACAAAGAGAAACAGGAGCUGAAUAAAGAGAAAGGAAAGCUGAGCAUAUUGAGAAUGGAGACAGAGAAUCAAUGCAAAGAGAGAGAUGCCCUGAAGACCUUCUACGACUACGUCAUGAAAUUUCAAAGAUUUCCAGUUGUAGAGCUGUGUCCUCUAGAUAUGAGACCAAAGUGUGAGGAUUGCAGGGUAAAAGAGCCAUCAUACAAGGGACACUGCUACUGGAUUCAGGAUGAUGUAAAAAGUUUGAUGACCUGGGAUCUAGGUCGAAAGUGGUGCAAUUUAUAUGGUUCAGAUUUGGUUGUAAUUGAUGAUCUGGAGGAGCAGGAAUUUAUCACCCUUCAAAUCAAAUACUAUGAAACUUCGAAAGGAUUCUGGAUAGGGUUACAUCAUACAGCAGGCGGAUGGUUUUGGGUUGAUGGACGAAAGAAAACCCAUGACUUCUGGAUGAAAGGGAUUGCCCAUACUUCAGGAGCAGCACUGCAUAUGCCACAAAGUAAAGCCACAGAGAGCUGGAGAGCAGAAGACAAAAAAAAGUACAACGGUUUCAUCUGUGAGCGUCCGAUGACCGUUUGGCCCUAUAACUAACUGUUCUAUUAAAGUUUCAACAAGGAUCACUCAA